GGCGGAUCGAACUGUUUUGAUGGGAGUGAAAGCGAAAGCGGGGCACUGACAGCCAGGACACAGUGUUUUGACGAUGUUCUCAGGCAGCGUUCUGGGCGAGCACGUCCUCGCUUCCCCCGCAGUGGUCAGAUGGAUCUGAGGGGGUUCUGCGUCUCCUGCGUUUGGAUGGGUUAUCUGCUCAUGAGCGCCAAACUCAAGGGAGAGGAAUGUACCUGUCCAGAAAUCCCCCAAAAGGAGCUAACCAAACCCCCACAGCAGGGCUGCUACACCAGCGGGAACAGGUUCCGCUAUAACUGCACGGGUGGUUUAGUGAGGAAAGCAGGAACAUCAAACCUCAUCACGUGCAAACUGGUUGGAGCUUCCCUUCAGUGGAUGCCUCCCUCUCCCUCCCUCGUAUGCAUACCCGAUCCCAGAAUCCCAAGACCUCCAACAACCACUCCAGCAACAAUGACCACAAGCAUCCAGGCGACACGGACUUCCUCUGCUGGGACCACGGCCACAACAUCAAAGAAGACGACUGCAGCCGAAUUUCAAAGUCCAGCGUGGAGCGAUCUAAGCAGCACCAAAGAAGACCACCUCGUGGCCAACAGCACAACCAGCUCGGGUGAGCCGUGGCAGACCUCAACGGUGAGCACCGUGAGCCCCGGCGUGCUGAAAAACUCCAGCCUCUCGCCGAGCAGCUUCAGGAACAGCACCAGCUUCAAUUCAGCUGUGCGGGAUUUCAAAAGCGUAGACAUCACCAUGUUGGUGGUAGCCGUGGUCCUGGCCGGCUCUCUGAUGGCUCUCGGCGUCGUGUUUUAUUUACGGAGGUCACGGAGGAACCGAGAGGUCAAGAAGGUGAACAUUGACCUAGCUGAGCUGGAGCUCAUGCAGCCUGUCCAGUGACGCUGGAGAACCUUUUUUUUAUUACUGAGGGGCUAAGACUCCUUCUGGCAGCUCUACAAUGAAAGUCCUAUGAAGUGCUGGAUUCAUGAAGCCAAUCGCUCCCACCAGGGAGGAACCAAGUCGACUGAUCGAUUCUCAUUAUUUGCUUAGAUUUCAGAGUCUGCUUUCACAGGGCUAACGAGGUUUAAGCCCACAGCAUCCACGCAGCAUCCAUUCUUUCAGUGUUCGUCAGGGGGCGUGGCAGAGGCACAGAAGUGGAAUGUGUAUGUGUUGCCUUGAACACAGUCGUUGUGUGUCUGAUGACUGCGAGGAACGCUCAGGAUUUGUUGACUCGGCGGGAACACCAAAUGCUCCGAAACCCCCGUUUGGACUCUUUGGUGACUUUGUGCCACACAGGACCGGAUUCCUCAGCCGAAGCCGUUUGUGUCCGUUCUUCUGCCGGCUUGUGGUCCAUCAUGUGACAACAAAAACACACAGUCUUGUUGAAGAAAUAUUAUUCAUUCAUUGUUUUAUAACUAUGUUUUUGAGUUAUUUACUUUGUUUUUUGUCAAUAAAGAAGCUUCUUUACCGAC